AUGUCCACCAACCCCGAGACCAACGGCGAGGAUAUCAACAGUGCCGAUGCCCAUUUCAUCAUUGAAUGCCUCAAGCAUCUCAACGAUUCUAAGCAGGUCGACAUCAGUAAAGUUGCCGUUGCCUUCAAGUACAGCAAUGUUCUAUCAGCCCGCAACCGUCUUCGCACCCUGAGCAAGCGCUACGGAUUCCCAAACCUGGAGUGCAAAUUCUCCUCUACCCCGACCAAGGCUGGCAAAACCGGUGCUAUUGGUGAAGCUGCCAAAGAUGGUACUGCGGGUGAUGAGGAUGCUUCGUCUUCUGGCGAGACUGUCCAGUCCUCUCCCUCCAAGCCUGCUCGCAAGCCUGCUGCUCGCAAGGGAGCCAAGGCUAACUCAAAGCCAAUUCCCGCCACUGGUCCGGUGAGCGCCGAUGGCUCUUCCUCUCCUUCCAAGAAGCCUGCCGGGAAGCGUGGUCCAAGAGGCAAGGGCAAGCAGGCCGUCGCCCAGCAGCCCGCCGUCAUGGAGUCUGUCGAGAUUCAGGUCAAAAAGGACAACGAAGACGUGAAGAUGGAGGGCGACGCUAUCAAAGCUGAAGCCUAA